CGAGACGAGGAUUUUACACGUGCUACCUUGUGCAGUAUACAAGAAGCUGAUAAACGUCGAUGAAAGUCCAACGAACGAAAUCGUGCUCUUCUUGCAAGCGUGGUGUACUAUUAUUGCGAACUCCAGUACAGUUGGAAUGUUCAGUCUUGCAGCUGUUAUGGCUGCUCAUGCAUGCGGUCAGCUGAAUGUAGUUAUGGUAUGGAUCACUGAAUUCGUGAACGAACCGAAGAAGGCAGAUGGUCCUAAGGGCAUAGGAGUUAUCGUAGAACGACAUUUGAGGACGCUGAAGUAAGAUUAUUCGUAUUCUUGUUUGUUGGUUUCGUGUUAGUGAACACUGUGAUUAUAUUACGUAAUAAUUACAGUUUCAUUGGAUACAUCGAGAAGUUGAUGAACCGAGUAUAUUUUUUCGAGAUAUUUAGAUGCACGAUGAACAUAUGCAUACUGGGUUACUACAUUCUUUCGGUAUACAUCAAACAUUCUCCCUUAAUAUCAAAUUCACACUAUUCACAAAAAGUAUAUGCACAUCAUUGCACGCAUUAUAACAUUUACACAUUAAUUAAUUAGAUCCAAAUAUGAUAAAUUUCCUAUCAUUCAAUACUACUUUCAUAUAAUUAAAACUUUGAUAAAUAAAACGAAAUAUACAACCCCAUUAAAAGGGCGCUUCAUUAGGAAAUAAUGUGCAGAUACUUUUUGGUGUCACUGUAAAUUAGUUUUAAUAUAUAACUAUCUUAUUCCUUUUGCGUGACACUUCCAGGAAUGGGCUGAUCAAAACGUUAAAAGUCUGGUUACGUAUAUCAUGAUAUACAUUUCAAUCGGUUUCAACGUUUUUCUAAUAUGUUACAUAGGUGAAAUAUUGACAGAACAGGUAUCAGGCGCAUAUUAAUGUAUAACAUAAAUGCAACAGAUCAAAAUCGUGAUAACGACUAACGAAAUUGAAUUUUUCACAGAGUAAGAAGGUUGGUGAAGUAGUUUAUAUGACAAACUGGUAUUACUUACCCGAUAAAACAAUCCUCGACUUGAUUUUGAUCAUCGCGCGAUCUGGUGUGGUCGUUCAAAUCACUGCUGGAAAGAUGGUUCACAUGUCCGUCUACACAUUCGGUGAUGUAAGUCAUUUUGAUCCUCAUAUUUAUAUCUGUGUCCGUCUCCAUGAAAUAUUCUCAUUUCAGGUGGUAAAGACCGGUUUCGCGUAUUUGAAUCUCUUACGACAAAUAACAUGAUUAAAUAUACUACUAAUUAAUUUUUUAAUUAUGUAACUUUUUGUACACGAUAUUAUAAAAUUUAGAAUACAAAUAAUAGCAACACAGAAUCUGGAUCUAAUGCACUGGAAUUUUAUACAUUUAAUGUACAUAUACGUGUAUUUUAUAUUUCUUAUAUCCUUACUUGUUCCUCUCAUUACUCAUUAUUUUCCUCGCAUUACUAUCUUCUCAAUUUCACAUCUAUUCCAAUACUUGAUGGUGCUGACGGAAUUCUCCAUUGUUUUGAGGCAGGUAUAAAAUGCAUUAUACCGCGAAAAGAAUGAAAUUAUAUCACAUCAUUAACAUAUUGAUUGCCACAAGUGACUUUCUAAUGACGUCAUAGUGGCCACUGUUGACCGGCGAUACCAGAAUAGAAGUAUUUACAUUAAAUGUAUAAUUGUACUUGUAAAGUGUUUAAUACUUUUGAUGUUACAGUAAAUACCUUUAUCAGUUUUAUUCUUCACACAGUUACAAAUUUUAUCGUGCAUAUACCGAAGAAAUAUUUCCAUCCUAACGGUACAAGUUAACACUUAAUUCGUUUCGACACAAUCUUCCAACAGUCUAAACAAUCGAUUUCAUAAAUUCUUCCCUGCCUCGACCAAACCCAAUUCGAUCUCGUGAACCACAAGAGGCAUUGCGUGCUUCGUGCUCUUCGAUUCUUGCAAUUAUACACAACUUUCUAAACCAACUUCCAAACCUACAUUUGUUGUCUUACCAUAAAUUCUAACAACUAGACAAAUCGAUCGGCUAUAAUACUACCGAAAAAAAUUCGCGCAGGCGUUGAACAACUUCAUGCUAUUAUUCUUCUAUAAGAGAGGCAAUUCAAUAGUUACCGGGACUCCGAUGAGCAGCCACGAUGAGCGAAUCCGCGAUCAUAAAAGCGAACGCCAAGAGUCAUAGCGAUUACAGUCUACAAAUAAAUCGCUGGAUAUUAAAACCGAUCGGUGCUUGGCCAUAUUUCUCCACUACUUCGACACGCGAAAGAGUCAUUUCCUUGUUUUUAAUCGUUCUCUGCUACGUCAUUAUACUGUUCAACGUAAUCCCUUGCGUCGCUCAUUUAAUCUUCGUAGGUGAUAGUUUUUAUAGAAAAGUAAAAGUGUUCGGUCCUCUGAUUCAUUCAUUUCUCGGUGGAAUCAAUUACACGAACCUACUGUUUCGGGGCAGAAAUAUCAGUGAAUGUGUGGAACGCAUUGAAACUGACUGGCGGAUGGUGAAGAAGGAGGACGAGCAACAAGUAAUGUUGAAACACGCGAAGUUUGGCCGAUACGUGUCGACUAUAUGCGCGAUAUUCGUGCACAGUGGUAUCAUGUCUUACUGUAUAGUAAGCGCGUCCAAUGUGCAGAUCAUCAAAGUUGGCAACGAAACAAGGACCAUACGUACGUUACCGUUUGAUGUUUACAACAAGAUGAUCCCAGUCGACACGAGUCCCGCGAACGAAAUAGUCCUCGUAGUGCAGUUUGUAUCGGCUUUCAUCGCCGACUCCAGUGGAAUUGCAUUUUACACCCUCGCGAGUGUUUUGGCCGCACAUGCUUGCGGUCAACUGGACGUGUUAACGAUGUGGAUCAAUGACUACGUGAAUGAAGCUGGAAACAGAAAGCAGGAUGCUUCUUUUAGAAAAAUUGAAACGAUCGUAAAACAUCAUCUGAGAAUACUAGAUUUUAUAGCACGUAUAGAGGAAAUAAUGAGCUGGGUAUGCAUGAUAGAGUUGUUUAGAUGCGUUUUGGCAAUAUGCAUGGUUGGGUAUUAUAUCGUUAUGGAAUGGUCCGAUCAUGAUGUUCGAAGCCUCACCUCUUAUUUCGUAAUAUGCGCAUCACUCACUUUCAAUACAUUUGUAUUAUGUUAUAUCGGCGAAUUGCUAAUAGAACAGUGCAUGAAAGUUGGUGAGAUAGUCUACAUGACAAAUUGGUAUUUCUUACCCAGAAAAAGAAUCCUUGAGUUGAUUUUGAUCAUCGCACGAUCGAGUGUGGUCAUUGAAAUCACCGCAGGAAAAUUAAUUCACAUGUCCAUACACACGUUCGCUGAUGUGAUGAGAUUGGCCUUCGCUUAUCUUAAUAUACUGUGUCAAAUGACAUGA